AUGUCAAAGAGACCAAGAUCCGUUGAAGAACUAUUGGAAGAUGACGAUUCCAAAACUGCAGUAUUUAUACCGGUGAACAAACGAAUGGAUAUUAAAAACGCAUCACCGUCAUCAUCAACAUCUAAUGUAUCAAACAAAUCGGCUUAUCAAAGACUUAUGAUGACAAGAAAAGCAACCCAAGACAAUUCAAUUAUUCAAGAGCAACCAACUGACAAGAAGAAACAAGCAUUUAGAAAAUUUCAAUUUGAAUGGAAUGCGGAAGAAGAAGAUACUGCUUCGGGUUUUACUCCAUUGAUCUCAGAUGAUGAUGAAGAUGAUGAAGAAGAAGAUGCUAAUGAUCAAUUGUUGAAAAAUCUGGAUACUAUUCAUUGGAAAGAUAAACAAUUAAAAGAUAUGACAGAUAGAGAUUGGAGAAUAUUUAAAGAAGAUUAUAAUAUAACUACCAAAGGGAAAAAUAUUCCAAAUCCACUACGAUCAUGGGAUGAAAGUUCAAUUAAUUCAAAAUUAAUUUCAAUAAUUUAUAAAUUAGGAUUUAAUCAACCUACAUCUAUUCAAAGAGCAAGUAUUCCAUUAUCAUUGAUUAAAAGAGAUGUUGUUGGUGUUGCUGAAACAGGUAGUGGUAAAACAUUAUCCUUUUUAAUUCCAUUAUUUAAUUAUAUUUUAUCUAUUGAUGAAAAUUAUAUCAAAUAUGAAAAAUCUCUAAAUAUGCCUAUGGGAUUGAUUUUAGCACCAACUAGGGAAUUAGCUAUACAAAUAACCAAAGAAGCGGAAAAGUUUUGUAAAAAAUUAGGAUAUGUUGUACUUUCUAUAAUUGGUGGACAUCAAUAUCUGAAUACUAUUGAUGAUAUUGAUAAAUCAGGUGUUCAUAUAAUAGUAGCUACUCCCGGGAGAUUAGUUGAUUCGAUUGAUAGAAAAAUCAUUGAUUUAAGUAAAUGCUAUUAUUUAAUUAUGGAUGAAGCUGAUAGAAUGAUUGAUAUGGGAUUUGAAAAAGAUUUAAAUAAAAUCAUGAGUAAAUUACCUAAUAGUGAUCAAUUAUCACAAACUAUAGAUGGCAGAAUCUUUCAUUUAGAUAAAAGAUCAACAAUGAUGUUUACCGCUACUAUUUCUCCACCAAUUGAAAAAAUCACCAAAAAUUAUUUGAUAGAUCCUGGAUAUGUUUAUAUCGGUGGUGCUGGUGAAGCAUUAGAUAAUAUUGAACAACAAUUUGAAUAUCUUCCAAGUGCAACUUCUGAAACUACUAAAUUUAAUAAAUUAAUGAAAUAUAUUGGAAAUCAUAUGAAAAAUACCCGUAAUCCAUUGAUCAUUAUAUUUGCUAAUUUCAAACAUGUUUGUGACUCACUAUCACAGGAAUUAUCCAGUAACCAUUUAGAUAACGUAGUGAUACAUGGGUCAAAGUCACAAGAAGCCAGAGAAUUGGCAAUUAAUCAAUUUAGAAAUCAUGAAAGUGAAAUAUUAAUAGCUACUGAUGUUGCUGCUAGAGGGAUUGAUAUUCCUAAUGUGACGCUAGUGAUUAAUUUCCAAAUGGUUAACAAAUUUGAUGAAUAUAUUCAUAGAAUUGGGAGAACUGGUAGAGCAGGAAAUAAAGGUAAAAGUUUUACAUUUAUAUCUGAACAAGAUUCUGAUGUCUUUAUUCCACUCAAGAAAUUUUUAAAGAAAGGUGGUAAAAGGGUACCCGAUUGGUUAUAUAAUUAUCAAGCACAAACUCUCAAGGAUUAA